UCUUUAUAUAAGCCAAAGCCAGGCCUGCCUUGAGAUACACAUUGGAUGACCCCUCACCUUUUCCUAAUUUUGUUGUGCCCUCCAAAAGGAUGGCAGCCUUCCCAUAUCAACACCACCAUCCUCUCCUCCUGGAUUCUCCUUACCUUCCAAAUAGUCCCAUCAAAUUGCCUCAACUACCACUCCAGCUUGGAGAGAUGACCAAUGCGUCCCCUGGUUUCCUCUAUUACAACGCACCUGAAGCCAUUGCAGAGGCCUCAGCAACUGAAGCCAGGACCUUUGGGAGCAGCAACUCCCUUGAGAGUGCUAUAAUGGUGCCCUCAGGGGACAACCAGAUGGAUUACUCUUCUUCAGUGUUGGUUGAACCCCAUGGAGGUGAAGGGCCCACAAAAGCUCAAUGCCCCACGGAGAAGAAGAGAAAGAAUAUAAAUGACACUAGCCCGAACUCUGAUCAAUCCAAGGAUACAAAGGAAAGCAAGAGCAGGAGGCAGAAGAAGUUCAUAGAAGAUAAGAAGCCCAAAGCUGAUGAGGUCAAAGAGACAAAGCCAUAUGAGGAGCCUCCCACCGGUUACAUUCAUGUCAGAGCAAGGAGAGGUCAGGCAACAGACAGUCACAGCCUUGCUGAAAGGGUGAGAAGGGAGAAGAUAAGUGAGAGGAUGAAGCUGCUGCAAGGCCUGGUCCCUGGUUGUGACAAGAUCACAGGGAAGGCCCUCAUGUUAGAUGAGAUCAUCAACUAUGUACAAUCCUUACAAAAUCAAGUUGAGUUCCUCUCCAUGAAGCUUGCUUCUGUAAGCCCAGUAAUGAACGACUUUGCAGUGGAUUUUAAUGGACAUGUGGAUCAGCAACAGAAAGUUGGGAGUAUGUCACAAGUCUCGCUGCCACUGCCUCCUGUACUCCAAAAAAAUCACAUUGAGCCCAUAACUUUUGAAGAGACCAUCGCUAAAGACUAUAUGAUGAUGGACCCCUCACCUUUUUUACUGCAUGGCCAAGGACCCCUAGACUUUUCUCAGGACAACGGCGUGCAAGUGGGUAACGAAAGACAGGGGGUUCUCCAUCCAAUGAUGUUCAAUAACAUGUGCUCUUUCCAGUAGAAAAAGAGGGAGAGAAAAUGGCCUCACAAACAUGAGAUCACAAGGUAUUUGGAUUUAGACCAUCUCCGGGCCUUAAUGCAUUCCAAGGAGAACUUGAGAGAAGAGGAAGGCCGAA